AUGGAAGCUGACACCUAUCAGCACGUACCGUUGAAGGACAUUCACAAUAAUAUCAGGCUGCUGAAAGCUUCUGAGGACGAUGACGAACUGUCGUUCUCGGCAUCCCAAGGCAGCAUUGACGAGGCUCCUGAAUAUCUAGCAAUCUCCUAUACUUGGGGAGACCCUACUGACCUCUGUAGCAUCCGUUUCGAUGGACAGGCCCUCACUGUCCGCAAGAACACGCUUUAUGCCCUACAGCAGGUGACACGGCAGUAUCCUGGAUACAACAUCUGGAUCGAUGCAAUAUGCAUCAAUCAAAGGGACAUUGCAGAGAAAAGCGCCCAAGUAAACAUGAUGGGCAUCAUAUACGAGAAGGCUUCUCAGGUCGUCUGCUGCAUUGGACCAGCAGAUGAGUCGAGUGAAUACCUGCACGCCUGGAUCACGACUGGAAUGGCGUGGCUAAGAAGUCGUGUAGGCCCAGACGAACGUGAUAUACUGCAGCUCUUCAAGCACUAUAGCACGUUCAGGGAUCGCGCCUACUGGAGUCGUCUCUGGAUUCUACAAGAAGUGUUU